AAGAGCGAGCGAGACAUACAACGGAGCCCCACACCGUUCCAGGAUGCCGCCAACCUGUGUGCCACUGUCCACGGAAUUCAUGCCAGGCCUGGACUGGCGGCCGUUAUGUUUCGAACAUCCCCUUCCUUUUGACCAGGUGUGCCAAGUUUGCGGAGUACUGUGCAAUGAAAGAGUCGUGCUGCCCUGUUCCCACACACUCUGCAACGUUUGCUUCGAGAGCAGCGUGAACCAGGGUUGCGUGUGUCCGCUAGACACAGCCAACUUCGACAAGGAUGCGGUGGACAAGUUGAGGUUGCGACCGGGACAGUUGCUGAAACUGAGUGUGUCUUGCUGGAAUGCUGAGCAUGGCUGCAACUUCGUCGGGCCCGUCUCCGAGCUCUUGGAUCACUUCGAAAAAGAAUGCACUCACCACAGGGCUUCUUGUCCUAAGUGUCAUCAGGACGUGCCACGGACGGGCCUCGUGCAGCACUGCGUCCAAGACUGUGACCCCACACAAGGAGCGGAAGCGCUGCAGCCAAGGGUGACACUGCAGGGAGUACAGUUGCGUCAAAGCUUGGAGAAAGCCAGUGCUGAAAUCAAGCAGUCUAUUACUGAACUUAAGGACAGCUACUAUGGGCUGCAGGACAGUGUUAACACCGUCGCGGAUGACGUCAAGCUUGAACAUUCACAAUCAAAUCGAGCUGUUACUGAAGUUCUGUCGGGCGUCAUGCAACAGCUUGAGAAGACGCAGCCAGGUCUGACUAAGCUGGGAAAACAGUUACUUGAAAACUUUGAGAACGCCAGAGCGGAUAUCCAGCAGUUCAUGGCUGAACUCAAAGAUGGCUACUCUGGGUUGCAGGCGAGUGUCAACGCAGUUACGGAUGACCUCAAGCAUGGGCCUUCAUCAAGUAUUGAUGCCGUGUCGAGCCGUCUCGCACAUCUUCAGAGAAUGCAGUCAGAUGCGAUUCACAGGGAAGGAGAGUUACUCGAAGAGUUGAGGAGGUCUUGUGCUGAUAUCAAACAGACCGUUUCUGAUCUCAAGAACGACUUCUAUAGGCCGCAGACAAGCAGUGGCGUAUUCAAGGAUGACGUGAAACUCGGGCACUCAGGAAAGAGGCAAGUACUGGCUAAAGAGGACUGA